GACGCGUUCUUGCAGCAGUUUAAAAAUUCGAUUAUCAAAUUUCGUUUUCAAAGCGUUUUUUUUUUGAAAAAAAAAAAUAUGUCAUUGUCAUUUUUGACUUUUUUUUUUAAAAAACAUGACUAGCAAAGGAUUACACGAAGUGCUAAAAAACCUCCACUGGAUCGUAGGAAGAUGGCAGUCGGUUAAUGCCGCAGUUUUUUACCCAACGAUGAACAAAACGGUGAAAUUCAACGAAAUUUUGGAAUUUCAAAACGUCGGACAACCACUUUUGGCCUACAGUUCGAUAACUACCAAUCCGGAAACUAAAGCUUUUAUGCAUUUGGAAAAAGGGUGGUUGAGGGUUGAUGAAGAUCAAUGUACUUUAGCUUUUCUUGUAGCAAUGAAUUUGGGAUUGUCUACUUUAGAAGAAGGCUACGUUAAAGACAAUCAUAUAGUUCUAAGAACGGCUUGUUUAGGAGUAAUGAAAUUUGUUAAACAAAGUGUUUUAUCGUUGCAUCGAUGCUACAGAUUAAAUGAAAAAGGUGAACUGGAGUACAAUUUAAUGAUGGAAACUCCAAACACGCCCCUCACAAAACACGUAGAGGCAAUUUAUACAAAAGAAAAGUAA